CUGGAAGUUGAUAUGUCGAGACCAGCAACAAUUUGACUGCUGGAGUUAUUGUCUGCCAGAUUUGUUGAUGGUUGUUGCUCGAAUCCACACAAGUCUUCUCCAUCAUCGUGGGCCACCAUUUCAGGUGGAGAAGCUUCGAUCAGGAGGGAGUUCAGACUUGGAUGAUGGCUCAGGAACCAGCAUCGGCUAUCCAAAGACCUAUUGUUCCGAAUAGCAACCGCAAC